AUGGUUGCACUCUUCUGCUUCAUCAUCUUCUUGUCGUUGACCCAUCUCUCAUCCACUAAUGCAAGACCCAUCGACUCCCCAUCAAUCGCCGACUGCCCUAAGCAAUGUGGCGAUGUCAAAAUCAGCUACCCAUUCGGAAUUGGAUACUCCCAUUGUUUUUUCAAAGGCUUCGAAGUUAAUUGCAGCCAAAACAUUCCCUACUUACCAGAAUCGAAACUUCAACUCCUCGAGAUCUUGCAAGGAGAAGUGCGCAUUAAUUCAACAGAGUUCAUUGCCAAGUUUUGCCCAUCAUCACUAAAAAUAGAAAUUCCGCAGAUUACGUUGUCCGAAGCACGUCCUUACACCAUCUCAGCCACUUCAAACAAAUUCAUAGCCAUAGGUUGUAACACAAUGGGAAUGGUAACGUCCACAGGUGAGUUGAUGUCAUCUAACAGGUGUUACUCGAAUUGUCCUACCAAGGAGAGUAUUGUUAACGGUUCUUGCAAGCAUAUUGGCUGUUGCGAAGCGCGACUUCUUCAGGUGAGAAAGGAACUACAGAUUUAUGUCACUCAGUUUUACACAAAUUUCAGCGAGUGCAGCUACGGGUUCUUCGUUGAAGAUGGGAGCUAUAUUUUCAGAGAGUCGGACCUUCUUGAUUUUGAUAAAACGGCAAAGAUUAGUACGAGGCUUGAAUGGUCAAUAGGAGGGAGCUGUUUCCAUCCCGGGGGAGCACCGGCCCAUAUAUGUGCCGAUAACACCUCAUGUGCUAACACAAGUUAUGGGUAUCGGUGCACUUGCUUGAAUGGGUACAAAGGGAACCCCUAUCUCUAUGGUUCUCAGGGAUGCCAAGGAACACUGUCCCUGGUUUUGUAUGUGAAUGUCCAACCGGGACUUCAGGAGAUGGAAGAACUAAUGGAACCGGCUGCAGUAUGGAACAUGAAAUCAUCCAAGUGCCAAAUCCAAUCUCAACAGUUCUCAUAG